AUGUCGGCACAGAGCCUGCUGAGCAGCGUCUUCUCCUGCUCCUCCCCGGCCGCCGCCGCCCCGAGCCUCUCCAAGCGGAGGCUCCGCCAGACGCGCAGCCUCGACCCCGCCAUCAUCGGCGGCUGCCGGGAGGACGGCGGAGACGCGGGCAGGGCGCCUCGGGCGCGGGCCGCCGGAAGUCCCCCUGGGGAGCGCCGCUCUCCUAGGGGCGCCCCGCCACCCCCUGGCGCCUCCUUCUCCACCCCCUGCACCCCGCUGGAGCGGUCGCCGCCGGGCAGUGCCCUUUUCGACGAGGAGAACCCCCGUGGGAAGCGGAGCCCUGGCUGCGAGCUUCCCUUCCUGGCGCGCACCCCGUCCGCCUCGGCUCUGAGCGGACCUGCCGGCCCCGGCAACAGCAUAUUCUCCUCGCCCCGGCGAUGGCUGCAGCAGAGGAAGGGGCAGCCCUCGUCGCCCGGACCUCGCCCUGCCGCCUACGUCGUGUGGAAAUCCGAGGGUGAUUUCACUUGGAACAGCAUGUCAGGGCGCAGCGUUCGGCUGAAGUCAGUUCCCGUUCAAAGCCUCUCGGAGCUGGAGCGUGCGCGGCUGCAGGAAGUGGCUUUUUAUCAGUUGCAGCAGGACUGUGACCUGGGCUGUCAGAUUACUAUCCCCAAAGAUGGACAAAAGAGGAAGAAAUCAUUAAGAAAGAAACUGGACUCACUAGGAAAGGAGAAGAACAGAGACAAAGAAUUUAUUCCCCAGGCUUUUGGAAUGCCCUUGUCCCAAGUGAUUGCUAAUGACCGGGCCUACAAGCUCAAGCAAGACUCUCAAAGAGAAGAACAAAAAGAUGUUUCGGAUUUCGUGGCCUUUCUCUUGCCAUUUGGAACUAAAAGGCAGAACAAAGAACUUUCCAGCAGUAACUCAUCUCUUAGCUCAACCUCUGAAACACCAAAUGAAUCCACUUCUCCUAACACUCCUGAGUCAGCACCACGAGCAAGGAGGCGGGGCGCAAUGUCUGUGGACUCUAUUACAGAUCUUGAUGACAAUCAGUCACGAUUAUUAGAGGCUCUCCAGCUCUCUUUGCCAGCAGAAGCCCAGAACAAGAAAGAAAAAGCAAGAGAUAAGAAACUAAGCCUGAACCCUAUUUACAGGCAGGUUCCCCGACUUGUAGAUAGUUGCUGCCAACACUUGGAAAAGCACGGUCUCCAGACAGUAGGAAUAUUCAGAGUUGGAAGCUCAAAAAAGAGAGUAAGACAGUUACGUGAAGAGUUUGACCGGGGCAUAGAUGUUGUGUUAGACGAAGAGCACAGCAUUCAUGAUGUUGCUGCGUUGUUGAAGGAGUUUCUGCGUGACAUGCCGGACCCGCUUCUCACCCGAGAACUUUAUACACCUUUCAUCAACACUGUCUUAUUAGAACCAGACGAACAGCUAAGCACCUUACAGCUUCUCAUUUACCUUCUACCUCCCUGUAACUGCGAUACUCUACACCGGCUGCUGCAGUUCCUCUCCACAGUGGCUGGCCACGCAGAAGACAGCACAGACAAAGAUGGCCAAGAGAUUACUGGGAACAAAAUGACAUCACUUAACCUGGCUACCAUCUUUGGCCCUAACUUGUUGCACAAGCAGAAAUCUACGGACAAAGAAUUCUCAGUUCAGAGCUCAGCUCGAGCUGAAGAGAGUACUGCUAUCAUAGCUGUUGUACAAAAAAUGAUUGAAAACUAUGAGGCCCUUUUCAUGGUUUCCCCUGACCUGCAAAAUGAAGUCCUUAUUAGCCUACUAGAGACUGACCCAGAUGUUGUAGACUAUUUGUUGAGGAGGAAAGCUUCCCAGUCAUCGAGCCCUGAGAUGCUGCGGUCAGAAGGUUCCUGCUCCACAGGAGGAAGGCAUUCUUCCACAGACUCCAACAAAGCUUCAAGCGGAGAUGUCUCCCCUUACGACAACAACUCCCCAGUACUCUCUGAGCGCUCACUGGUGGCAAUGCAAGAAGAAGCUGCCCACAGCCCAGAUAAGCUGUACAAGGUACCUGAGCAGUACACACUGGUUGGACAUUUGCAGCCUAAGACAAAGGAGAAUUCUUCUGCAUCACAGGCUGGAAAAGAUGUUUCUGAAGAUCAUUUUGAUAUCUGGGGCACCUGGCAUUCAACGCUGAAAAGUGGCUGCAAAGAUCCAGCAAUGACAGGUUCAUAUGGGAACAUUUAUGAAAGCAGCUCACUGCAACCCGGACAGUGCUGUCUUUCCCAGGGGAACCUCACCAUGUAUUCUCCUCGGUGGCAGAGAAGCUCCUCUGACUUGGACACCAGAAGAGAGGUCAUGCGAAGGAGCCAGACGACUGCUACUAUUACUGAGUGUCAGCUCCAUCCCACGGUAUCUCGGAUGUGCAAUAACUCAAAAAUUCAGGUUGGCAGUAGGAGUUCAGGCCUGCCACACUCCAAGUCAGAGCAGCACUUGACUUUAGGCAGCGUGGAGGACCUCAGCGAGCGUGACUCAAAUGCAGGUUGUUCACAAAGUGCAGCCAAGCCCUUCUACAGGAAAGAGCGACCACCACCUCCUUACCCAGGCACAGGAAAAACGAGCUCUGUGUUGUCACAGCGAUCCAGUGUUUCUUCAACAUUGCACUCUUUGUGGAGAUUUCAACGUCCAGAAAAAAAUUCAGGGACCAGAGCAGCUGGAGGACCACCAGCCAAAGCUCCUGACCAGGCCACAUCCAAGCAGGAGCGUCUGGCCCCACACACUCAAGCAGGUCACGUCUGUUCCACAGCACCUCACAGUCAGAACAGUAAAAGUAUUUCAGAGGCAAACUGGCAUGAUUGGCAAAGGGAGAGGUGGCAAAUUUGGGAGCUGUUAUCAGCUGAUAACCCUGAUGCCCUCCCAGAAACCCUUGUAUGA